AGUAUUUGAGGGCUGAGAAAAAGAGCGUUAUGGCACUGCUGCAGGAACUAUUCCAGUCUCCCAGCACGGUCACCCUGCUUGUUGCUUUGCUACUUUUUCUUGUUUUCUGGCUUCUCUCCACCAAUCGCAGCUGGGGGAAGGAGCCCCCAGGACCUAGACCUUUGCCUCUCAUAGGAAACCUGUUGCAGCUGGAUCUCAAGAGACUUGAUCUCUCACUCUGGAGGCUGUCUAAAACAUAUGGAUCUGUGUUCACUGUCCACUUUGGCCCCAAGAAAGUCGUGGUUCUUACCGGCUUCAAGACUGUGAAAGAGGCUCUAGUCAACCAUGCAGUGGAGUUUGGAGAACGGGAGAUAACGCCAAUAUUUUAUGAUUUCAACGAAGGCCAUGGAGUCCUGUUUUCCAAUGGAGACUCAUGGAAGGAGAUGAGACGCUUUGCUUUAUCCACCCUUCGGGAUUUGGGGAUGGGAAAACGAGGAAGUGAGGAGAAGAUCAUUGAGGAGAUCCACUACAUGUCAGAGGUGUUUGAAAACUUCAAAGGCGAACCCUUUGACACAUUGCAGGUAGUGAACUACUCAGUCUCCAACAUCAUUUCCUCCAUCGUCUAUGGCAAUAGGUUUAACUACGAUGACCCACAGUUCCAAAGGAUGGUCAUCAUGGCGAACGAAAGCAUCAGGCUCACCGGAUCACCUGCCAUCCAGCUGUAUAACAUGUUUCCAAGGCUGGGUCCUUGGCUGAAGGACUGGAUCACCCUGAAGAAGGAUAUUGAGAGCAACAAAGAGCAGGUGAAAGGUCUGGUGAAGAAUCUACAGGAGACUCUGAAUGCUGAGGACAGGAGAUGCCUUGUGGACUCCUUUCUUAUCCGACAGCAGGAGAUUAAGAAAUCCAGGGAGCAAGAGUCCUCCUACUACCAUGAGAAGAACCUCAUCAUUACAGUGUCCGACCUUUUUGCAGCUGGAACUGACACUACUGCGACCACACUGCGUUGGGGCCUGCUGCUUAUGGCCAAGUACCCCCAUAUCCAGGACCGUGUACAGGAGGAGCUGGACAGGGUCAUUGUUGGUCGGCAGACUCGAGUGGAGGACAGGAGGAACCUGCCGUAUACAGACGCCGUCACCCACGAGAUACAGAGACUGGCUAACAUUGCUCCAAUGAGUCUCCCUCACAUCACAAGCUGUGACGUGGUCUUCCAAGGAUACCACAUCAAGAAAGGGACCACUGUCAUCCCGCUGUUGACGUCUGUACUUUAUGAUGAGAGUGAAUGGGAGACUCCCCAUACCUUCAUCCCCGGCCACUUCCUGGACGAUCAGGGCCGAUUCAGAAAGAGGGACGCCUUCAUGCCCUUCUCUGCAGGGCGUCGGGUGUGUCCUGGCGAGAGUCUGGCCAGGAUGGAGCUCUUCCUCUUCUUCACCUCACUCCUGCAGAAGUUCCGUUUCACUCCACCUCCUGGGGUGUCUGAAUCGGAUCUGGACCUCACUCCAGUUGUAGGCGUAACACUUAACCCGUAUCCCCAAAAACUGUGUGCUUUAAUCCGAAGGUGAAGAUCCUGGAUUCUGAAUGUAACCGAAAGACAUGAGCUAUGAGAGAAAAUACUGAUUUACAUCAACAAGUAAUGCAGCAGUUUCCUCCGGGUGCUCCGGUUUCCCCCCACAGUCCAAAAACAUGCUGAGGCUAAUUGAAGUUACUAAAUUGCCCGUAGGUGUGCAUGUGUGAGUGAAUGGUGUGUGAGUGUGCCCUGUGAUGGGCUGGCCCCCCAUCCUGGGUUGUUCCCUGCCUCGUGCCCAUUGCUUCCGGGAUAGGCUCCGGACCCCCCGCGACCCACUAGGAUAAGCGGUUUGGGAAAUGGAUGGAUGGAAGUAAUGCAGCAUUUAAAAAUGUAGUUGUAAUAUUAUUCAGUUAACAGUAUGUAUGGCAUUGAUCACUAACCAAGCACUUUAGCUCCCAUAAUCUUCCGCUGCAGUCUGUGUUUAUUGAUAUUGAAUCGUUUCUCAUUCUUAUAUUGUCUCCACUUUUCAUAGUAUAAUAAAAAUAUCUGAUCUU